GGGCGAAGAACGGGAACCACGGUAAUCCUGGCCUUUUCCACGGAGAGCCUUUUUUUUUAUCCGAGCGACGAUCAGUCGCGAGGACGACACCGGAACGCGUUCGAUACGUGAGUCUGAGACACGUUCGCAUCGUCGUUCGAUCCCGUGAUCUCGAGUGCAGUGCGUAAACGUAAGCAGCUGGACAGAACAAAACGACUCGGAGGCGUGAGAGGGACUUUCUUACUGUCUGGUGUGACUUUAAUUCCGCGGUGCGCGAAUCACCAACGCGCGGGUCACCAAUUACGACAACUCCGGGUCGGCGUCGAGAUGCUGACCGAUAUGACACCGGCGGCGGCUGGUCAACUCUACCCCCAGCUACAAUCUAUCGCGAAGUCGCCGGUGCACGGGCACGUGGAUCAUCCAGGAUUACGAGGCACGCCUUUGGCCAUGCUGGCGGCGCAAUGCAACAAACUAAGCAGUAAAAGUCCGCCGCCGUUGGCGGACGCAGCCGUAGGCAAAGGUUUCCACCCUUGGAAAAAGAGCCCACAAAGUAGCGGCAGCUCACCACAGCACACCACCGGCGGCGGGGGAGGUGGCAGCGGAGGUGGAGGAGGCGGCGGUAGCGGUGGGUGCACAACGACGGGAGUGAGCCAGAGACCGGCGGCGACGAGCAGCGCCGGCAGCACGACCGGUGGUUACGCCAGGGCGCCGGUAACGUCUUGCGCCUCGACCGCACCGCAAUAUGGUAGCGACUUGUAUUUCCCCGGAACGGCGAGCGCUCAACCGGCCGGCGAUCCACAUCAUCAUCAGAGUAGUCUUUUGGGCAAAGUCGAAGGCGCGACUUUGGGCUCGGUGUACGGGAGGCAUCCGUACGAGUCGUGGCCGUUCAACGCGAUGCCAGGCGCGACGCACGGCGGAAUUAAAGCGAGCGAUGGUUGGUGGGAUGUGCACGGCGCCGCGACCGCCGGCGGAUGGCUAGACGUAAGCAGCACUGUUGGCGUCGGUGUCCACGCGGCGCAAAUGGCCAAUUACUCGGCCGACUACUCGACGAGCCUAGCGCUGGCCGGUAACCAUUUGCUAACCACAGCUACGACGGCUGGUCACAAUCUCUUGCAAGACACGGGCGCCGGUGUUAGCCAAGCGCCCUCGCCGCGCUCGCAGAGACGUUACACCGGACGUGCCACCUGCGAUUGUCCGAAUUGUCAAGAAGCCGAGAGACUCGGUCCCGCCGGCGUGCACCUCAGGAAGAAGAACAUCCAUAGCUGCCACAUACCGGGUUGCGGCAAGGUCUACGGGAAAACGUCGCAUCUGAAGGCCCACUUACGGUGGCACACUGCGGCACCUUCGAACCCACACCGGCGAAAAGAGAUUCGCCUGCCCGGUCUGCAACAAGCGGUUCAUGCGCAGCGACCAUCUCGCGAAACACGUCAAGACCCACAGCAGCAGCAGCAGCAGCAGCGGCAGCAAGGGCAAGGGGGGAGCGGGGAGCUCGUCGGCCGAGUCCUGCUCCGACAGCGAGGACAACGGGAGUCAGCAGAGUCCCACUUCCAGCUCGGUGCCGCAGCCGCAGCCGCCGCAGCAGCCGGCUCAGGCCCAGCAGCAGCAACAGCAGCAGCAGCUGGCGGUAGCGGCGGCGGCGGCGGCGGCAGCGGCAGCGGUGGUGGCGGGCCAGGACACCAGCAACACCACCUCUCCUCAGACCACCACCACCACUCUCGGCCAUCAGCCGACAACCCCCAUGACUCCAAUACAGAUGACCCCACCGCCUCUGACCCCACACCAUCCCCACCACCCGCAUCUCCCGCCUCUAAUGCACCAUCCUCAUCAUCACGCAACCUCCGUCCCGGCGGCCCACCAUCCGCACGCGGGGAUGAGCAUGCACUGAGCCCGGUGGGGCCCGGAGCCGGUGCCUGCAGUACCUCUGCCGCAACGGCCCUGGGCUCCCCCCUAUCCUACCCCCUCAACCUGAACCUCAUGCAAAAUCACUCGACCAUCAAUCCAUCGACUCCCCAUCACCACCAUCAGCAACAUCAGAAUCAUCACCAUCACCAUCACCAUCAUCAUCACCCAUCGCACCAACAGCAGCACUCGCGACAAAAUAACUCCUACUCUGUGCAACAGAAUCCUGGCACGCCGGGGACCGCGCAGACUCCCUCACCCUCGUCCCCCGCGCCUGUACAUAGUCUCUAAGCGGUUACGAGCGCACUCGCGUCCAACAACCGGUCACAAUCCACCGCAUGUCCGUCCGCCGCGCUCAUACACGCAGGCACGAAUGAUACAUACACGUAGACACGAGAGCAUACACGGAGAUACACACGAAUCUGGCUCCCCGUCCUGGUUCUCAAUACGGAGAUGGUCCUCGUAACGC